GGCUAAAGGGGCCGACAGCCAGAGCCCCGCGUCUCUCGUCGUCGAAGGACUACGAAUUAGUUUUCUUUUACAUCCUUCGACUUCUUCGUUUUUUUUUUUCUUUUUUCGCCAUCCUAUCGCGCGUCACUUCCGUUUCUCGCUGCUUCUCGGUUCCCUUCCGCUUCUGGUACGAGGAAGAUGCGCUGAGGAGGAACCGACGAAGGAUGUCGAUGGACGAGGCACAUGGAGGCGGCAUGGUUUCCGCAAUCCUUUCCUCGGUUGUGCUUCUUCUUCUGCUCGGACGCGCCGCGGACGCCCAGAGGAGCUUGGAGUUCUACGAUCUUUUGCCAGAGGACCCGAAACUUUACGAUAAAAUGCGACCGCCCAAGAAAGAUGGACAAGCUACUGUAGUCUACUUUCACGUCACCGUUAUGGGUCUCGACUCCAUCGACGAGAAUUCAAUGACUUACGCAGCCGACAUAUUUUUCGCUCAAACCUGGAAAGACAACAGGCUGCGACUACCAGAAAAUAUGACGUCUGAAUAUAGAUUACUAGAAGUGGACUGGCUGAAGAACAUGUGGAGGCCGGAUUCGUUCUUCAAGAACGCCAAAUCCGUUACGUUCCAGACGAUGACCAUACCUAAUCACUAUCUGUGGCUGUACAAAGACAAGACUAUUCUGUACAUGGUCAAAUUAACGCUAAAACUUUCCUGCGCCAUGAAUUUCCUGAUCUACCCUCACGACACGCAGGAAUGCAAGCUGCAAAUGGAAAGCUUGUCGCACACCACGGAUGAAAUGAUCUUCCAGUGGGAUCCCGACGUGCCACUCGUCGUCGACGAGAACAUCGAGCUGCCUCAGCUGCAACUGGUUAAGAAUUACACGGCCGAUUGCACGCAGGUCUAUUCUACCGGUAAUUUCACUUGCCUCGAGGUAGUCUUCGUCCUGAAACGUAGGCUCGGCUAUUACUUGUUUCACACUUACGUUCCUACUUGUCUGAUCGUCAUCAUGUCGUGGGUCUCGUUCUGGAUAAAACCGGAAGCGGCGCCAGCCAGAGUGACAUUGGGCGUGACUUCCCUGCUGACCCUAUCCACGCAGCACGCGAAGAGCCAAGCGUCCCUGCCUCCGGUUUCGUACCUGAAGGCGGUGGACGCGUUCAUGUCCGUGUGCACGAUCUUCGUGUUCAUGGCGUUGAUGGAGUACUGUCUGGUGAACAUCGUGCUCGGCGAUUCGGACGCGCCGGCCGCGAAACCGACGCCACCGCCGCCGCCGUCGUCCUCCAGCGGCACGGACACCGCCGCGAAGCUCGACAAAAUCUUCGACAUCGCCACUAAGGAAAACGCAAUGUUGUUGUCCGGCCGAUCGCAGAAAUCGCCAGCAGGCCCGCCGCCAGGCCCGACACCGGCCCAAAGGGCGCGGAUGCGCGCCCUGAACAUCGAUCGUGUCUCGCGGGUCUUCUUCCCUUUCCUAUUCGCCGUGUUAAACGUAACUUAUUGGAUAAUGUUUGCCGAGUACAUUUAAGGAGCCGUUGAUAACCGAACGCGUCUCCCUUUACUCUCUCUUUAUCUCUCUUUAUCUCCAUUUCUCUCUCAGCGUGCUCGAAGAAAGAAAAAAACGAAACACGGGGAGAGACAUUGACAAGAAAAAAGGACACGAAAGCCAUUUUCCAUACGUGGAAAUGAGAUACGGUGUCUCUUGGAUCGUCGAUUCGUAUGAUUUUUGAUCAAUGAAAUUGUUUUUUCAGGCCAUCGUAACUCGUGGAGUAUUGAAGAUUAUAGGGACAGGAUGGGUGACAAAUUUUGGUGCAAAUGGGAGUUUUUAUUGUGGAAUCGAUAUCUGGUCGUGAUAUAAUUUGGGAAAACUUUGAUAUUUUUUGGUGAACACUUGUAAAAUUAUAAAUUGUAUACAGAGUCUCCAUAGACUACAUUUUUGAGUUUAAUAUAACACUCGUGUCUAUGGUGUGAACAAGUAAAAUAGUGCAAAUUAUAUUCUCCCGAUUUUUUUAAAUUUUGUUACAUCAGAAGAAGACGUGAUUUUUUAGACACGUCUGUACAAUGUGAAAAAAUAAAAUAGUGCAAAUUAUAUUCUCUCGAGUUUUAAGAAUCUUGAGAAGACGUGAUUUUUCGUGUUCUUUGAAAGUGUAAAUUUCUCCUCGAUUGUGCCAUAAUUUUCAACCUAUCCUGUCCGACGAAGCAGCGUG